AUGUAUUGCGACUCGGCAUUCUCGAAAUCUGUGACUGAAGUUGCUUCAUUGUUACAAGUAGAUGUGACCAAAGGAUUAGAUACUGCUCAAGUAUCAAAAAGACUGGCCAUCCAUGGAAAGAAUGAACUUCCGCAUGAACCUCCAACUCCACUAUGGGUUCUUGUUGCUGAACAAUUCAAGGAUCAACUGGUUAUCAUUCUGUUGAUUGCUGCUGCCAUUUCGUUUGUUCUUGCUGCACUAGAAACUCAAGAAUCGGAUAGUAGCAUCACUGCAUAUGUCGAGCCAAUAGUCAUUCUUCUUAUUCUGGUUGCUAACGCUGUUGUUGGUGUUGUCCAAGAAACUAAUGCUGAAAAAGCCAUUGAAGCUUUACAAGAAUAUUCUCCAGAUGAAGCUCGCGUUCUUCGCAACGGACUUCUUCAGAAAAUUGACGCUAGAGAUCUUGUUCCCGGUGAUAUUAUCUUACUUUCUGUUGGUGACAAAGUUCCUGCUGAUGCUCGUCUGUUGUCCAUCACAUCCUCUGCAUUCAAGGCUGAUCAGUCUAUUCUUACUGGCGAACCCAUCUCAGUCUCAAAAGAAUUGGACACUGUCAAGGACAAUCAGGCCGUCAAGCAAGAUCAAGUCAAUAUGGUCUUUUCUGGAACUAGCAUCACCGUUGGAAAAGCGUCUGCUAUAGUCGUUCUCACUGGCUCAAAAACUUCUAUCGGUGAAAUUCACGACUCCAUCACUUCUCAGGUUGAAGAAAAAACUCCACUCAAGGUUGCUCUAGAUGAGUUUGGCGAAAAGCUUGCCAAAAUCAUUUCCGUUAUUUGUCUUUUAGUUUGGAUCAUCAAUAUUCGUCACUUUAAUGACGAGUCUUUUGGCGGAAACUGGAUCAAGGGUGCUGUUUACUAUUUCAAAAUUGCUGUUGCUCUCGCUGUUGCUGCUAUUCCAGAGGGUCUUGCUGUGAUUAUUACUACUUGUCUUGCUCUUGGAACAAAAAAAAUGGCCGAUCAAGGUGCCAUUGUACGCAAACUACGAUCAGUGGAAACGCUGGGUUGCACUCGCGUUAUUUGCUCGGAUAAAACUGGAACUCUAACUACUAAUCAGAUGAGUGUUCGCAAGGUGCUUGUAUUUACAACAUCUGACGCUGCACUAGAAUUAGAUGUACAAGGAAACACUUAUGGCCCAGAAGGUCUUGUUAUGUUUGAAGGAUCUCCCAUUCCCCAAGACUUCAUCUCCAAACAUCCUUCAUUGAACGAACUUUCUCAUAUUUGUGCUGUUUGCAACGACUCCAAGAUUGUUUACGAUCAACCCUCUGAUUCUUUCCAAAAGAUUGGCGAGCCUACCGAAGCUGCACUCAAGGCUCUGGUUGAAAAGCUUGGUACUGAUGAUACUACUUUCAACUCUCAGAUCCCCCAAAUCCCUGACGCUGCUGCUAUUUCAGCCAUGAAUUCCAAGGAAAAACUGUGGCGAGUAUCUCAAUAUACUCGCAUCAAUACCAUCGAAUUCUCUCGUGAUCGCAAAUCCAUGUCUGUUCUUGUUGAAAAUCUUGAAUCAAAAAAACAGGUUUUAUAUGUAAAGGGUGCACCUGAGCAAAUUCUUGAGCUAUCCGACUGGGCCGAAUCUGACUCGCUUCGUGUUCUUGCUUUUGCCACUGUUGAUUCACCUACUGUUCCCGCCAAACCUUUGAUGAGUGACUACAUGAAAUAUGAAACCAACAUGACAUUUGUUGGCUUGGUCGGCAUGCUUGAUCCUCCUCGUCCUGAAGUCUAUGACGCCAUUCAACGCUGUUACCGAGCUGGUAUCCGUGUAAUUGUCAUUACAGGAGAUAACAAAAAGACUGCUGAAGCCAUUUGCCGUCAAAUUGGUGUCUUUGGCAUCAAUGAUAAUCUUACUGGAAAAAGUUUUACUGGCCGCGAAUUCGAUGAUAUGACUCCUGGACAAAAACGCCAUGCUGCGUUGAAUGCCAACCUAUUUUCCCGUACCGAACCAACCCACAAGCUUGAGUUGGUGAAUCUGCUAAAAACCGAAGGAUUUGUUGUUGCCAUGACAGGCGAUGGUGUCAAUGAUGCACCUGCUUUAAAAAAGGCAGAUAUUGGUAUUGCCAUGGGUACAGGCACAGAUGUGGCCAAGUUAGCCUCGGACAUGGUUCUUGUUGACGACAACUUUUCCACUAUUGUUAGCGCUGUUGAAGAAGGUCGAUCCAUCUACUCCAACACAAAGCAAUUCAUUCGAUACUUGAUUUCAUCCAACAUUGGUGAAGUGGUUUCCAUUUUCUUGACCGUGGUUUUGGGAAUGCCUGAAGCACUUAUUCCCGUUCAGCUUCUUUGGGUGAAUUUGGUUACCGAUGGACUACCUGCUACUGCAUUGGGAUUCAAUCCUAGCGACCCAGACAUUAUGCGUCUUCCACCUCGCGAUUCCAAGGAGCCAAUUGUCACCACGUGGCUGUUUGUUCGGUAUAUGGUGAUUGGCAUUUAUGUUGGUGCUGCGACAGUGUUUGGAUACGCAUGGUGGUUCAUGUACUUUUCAGCUGGUCCACACAUUUCGUUCCAUCAAUUGUCUCAUUUCCAUCAAUGCGCUUCGCUGUUCCCCGAAAUUGGAUGUGAAAUGUUUACCAACGUCAUGAGUCACAAAGCCACUACAAUGAGUCUAUCGAUCCUAGUGGUUGUCGAAAUGCUCAAUGCCAUCAAUUCCUUGUCUGAAAACCAGAGUUUGCUUACGUUCCCCCUAUACAAAAAUUUGUACCUCUGUGGAGCAAUUGUCUUGUCCAUGUUGCUUCAUAUCACCAUCCUCUACGUGCCGUUCUUUACUAACUUGUUUUCAAUUACACCCUUGAAUCAGGAAGAAUGGAUUGCAGUGUUGGCAAUUUCUGCGCCGGUUAUUUUGAUUGAUGAAAUGCUCAAGGCUAUUAGCAGAUCGUAUAUGGUUGUUUCUAAACCUGAAAUUGUCAAAUCAAAGCAAGAGUAGUUGUUUUGGAGUUUGUGCAAAAUUUUCAAGAAAUGAAAUGCAUUUGAUUCUUG